AUGGAUACUUCACUUUCUUUCACUCUUUCCCAAGAGGAUUUUCUUCUGUUCCACAAAUCGGACAGAGACCUCUACAAUAUCCUUGUCACCAACCUUUCUCGUGAUCCAUAUAAGUCUGCACAGUUGCUUGCUAUGUGGCUUUGGCUGGAAAGAGUUGGUUUUCAUGAUGUUGUGAAAAAGAUUGUGUCUUUGCCUGUUAUUUUGAUCGAUGAAAUUGUUGUUGAAUCAAUGAUGUGUCUCAGUUGUAUUACCAACAACAAUAACACUUCCCAAAUCGAAAAAUCAUAUUAUGAAGAAAAUGAUAUUCCACUUCUUCAAAGCCUGAUGGACAAAGAAAUCUCUCUAAAAUUCUUUCUUGAGAAUCGUGUGGAAGCAAUUCGAGGGGUUGAGAAGACAGAAAAAGAAGUUUGUAUGAGAGCAUUGAGUGACAUCAUGCAACAGGCGAUAAUGAGAAACAUGACACAUAGAAUGAUGAAUAACAACAAUUUUUGGUUUGGUUCAAUUGGACCGGCGAAUCUGCAGUUCGGUCCAGUUAGGAUUGAUGGUGCAAUUGUGCAACAACAAAACAACAACAAUGAAGGAAGAGGAGGAGAAAUCAUACCGGCAGAAGAUAGGACAUUGUUUGUGACAUUUUCGAAAGGGUGUCAUGUUGAAGAAUGGGAAGUUAAGAACUUUUUCACUAUGGUUUAUGGAGAUUGUAUUGAAGCUUUGUUUAUGCAAAAAACUGCACCAAAUGAACAAGCACUUUUCGCUAGAAUUGUUUUACAUAAGGUGGAUACUAUUGAUAUGAUUCUGAGAGGGCAUUCUAAAGCCAAAUUUUUUAUCAAUGGAAAACAUAUAUGGGCCCGUAAGUUUGUUCCAAAAAGAGUAAACAUUAGCAAAACAAUGUUUCCUGGAGAGACUUCUGGUUUUGGUUCUGGAUUUGGGAUGUAGAGGAAAUUAUAUGAUGUUUAUGUUUCGUGUUGUCCUGUUUAAGGUGGUUUCUGAAGAUGUUGUUUUCAAUAUUAAUGUUCUCAUGAAUAAAAUUAUGUACUCAUAUUGAUUUGC